AUGAAUCGGAUUACAUAAGCAGCGUACGCGUCCCAUUUGUAGACGACCAUCCCACAUAAUAACUUAUCUCCCACUUCGACGACUACGAAACUAUGUCAAGGUCUUAUGAUCGCGCAUUGACUGUCUUCUCCCCCGAUGGUCACUUGUUCCAGGUCGAAUAUGCAUUAGAAGCUGUCAGAAAGGGAACAUGUGCCGUUGGUGUGCGAGGCAAGAACGUGGCAGUCCUCGGUGUCGAGAAGAAAUCCGUUCUCCAAUUGCAAGAUCCACGUACCGUCCGUAAAGUCGUUAUGCUGGAUGAUCACGUUUGCCUAGCAUUUGCUGGUCUUACCGCCGAUGGUCGCGUUCUGAUCGACAAGGCGCGUGUAGAAUGCCAAAGCCAUCGCCUGACUGUAGAAGAUCCCGUAACAAUUGAAUACAUAACGAGACAUAUUGCUGGCAUCCAGCAGAAAUACACACAAUCAGGUGGCGUUCGCCCAUUUGGUAUAUCAACACUGAUCAUUGGAUUCGAUCCCCACGACACGCGGCCAAGACUCUAUCAGACGGAACCAAGUGGUAUUUACAGUGCAUGGAAGGCUAAUGCUAUCGGCAGGUCAUCCAAAACUGUCCGUGAAUUCUUGGAGAAGAACUACAAGGAAGAUAUGACGCGUGAAGAAAGUAUUAAAUUGACCGUGAAGAGUCUUCUCGAAGUGGUUCAGACAGGCGCCAAGAACAUCGAGAUCAGUGUAAUGGAAAGUUACGGCAAAGUCACAAAUUUGGAGCUGUCAGAAAUUGAAGCCAUUGUAGCUGAAAUCGAACGAGAGAAAGAGGCCGACGCUGAGAGAAAGCGUUCACGCUUGGCGGCCACCGCGGCUGGACAAGCCGCAAUGGCGACGAGGGCGGAUGCAGGACAGUCAUCAGGGCAGUGAAUAUGGCACUAUAUAUCUUGUACCGAUUUCUAUUGACGAGGUGGAGUACGCCGAUG